UAUGAAUGAGGGGAAAUCCACACCCGUUCCUGGGCUGUGGUGCUGAAUUGACGUGCACACACGUACGUGCACGUGGCCCUGUGUGCACACCUGCACCACUGUUUCAGCGAGAUUCACCUGCUCAGGUCGUGUCCAACCACUGAGGACGAAGACGAGGAGGAACCAGUCCCAGGAACAUCUCAGACCUCGGUGCCGAUCCUUCGCAAGUGCCGAGGACGUGAAUUCAUGGUAGCAUUUCGCGUCUGGUUCCACUGAAGCUGGGAGCAGAGAGUCGGCAGAGGAGCAGGAGCUGAAGGAGGAGGGAGAUCUUGACUCCCAGGUCUGGUACAGAGCUCCACGCAACACUAGAGCAAGUAUGAAUCCUAUGUGGAAGGUUUACAAGAGCAAAGUCCUGAAGACCCUGAAUCCUGAGUAUGAAGAGGAGGUUGCUGAAGAGGCCAUAGAGGCGGAGAAUGACAUGACACCAGUGCAGGAGGAUGAAGGGCCUACUGCUGUCUCCCAACUGGCCAAGAAAAUGCAAGGAGCCGGGGCAAAAAGCUGGACCAAACUCUCAGCUCUCUUCAACAAAGACGACGAACACCAGCUCCUGGAGGAGACGGAGACUCCACCAGUUCCUGACCAUCCACUGGCCGUGAGGCCUGAGGAACCUCCGAGACCCACCAGACGCACAGGAUUCUGGGAUAGCUUUGCAACAAAUUGGGCCGCGAAGAAGCAGGCGGAGGCUGCGGCGGCGUCCGCAGGUGCCGUAAAUGAGGCGGCAGAAGGUCACGGUGAAAUGGAGAUUUCAGAGGCAGGGAGUCAGGGCGAUGGUCGGAUUAUCGCAGAGGAGGAAAAUGAAGGAGGGAGGAGGAGCAACAACAGCUUCUCCAAAUACGUCUCCCUGGGAGGAGGGGGAGGAGGAGGAGGCGAGGAUGCGUCCUUUAAGUGGAACUUUGUCACCAACAAACUGGCCGAGCUGAAGACCAAGAGCAUGACCAAGACCAACUGAAGGCAUCCAGGGUAGGGGAACCAAGAACCAAGAACAUGUCACACCAGGAACUUUUUUUCAGGCAACUAAGUUUCUGUUUUCACAGAAUUAAAAGUUUAGUUUACAUUGUGUAAAUUAGACUCUUUGUUUUAGGAAAAAUAACUACAAAGAUCCCAGUGUCUCUUACUCUUAUCUUCUAGUCUCGGUAGAACCAAAAAGUCCCAAAAGUAGAGUCCUAUAACCAUGUGAGGGUUUUUAAUGGACACAAAAAAUAGUCUGGUACCGUUUAGUUCUUGGUCUCUUAAACAGAACUCAAAAUGAAGGUUUCUUAUUCUUUAAACAAAAAUUCCUGGUACUUUACUUAGUACUUGACACUCACGCAGCUUCAUAUUUCUUUCUGAGAUAGAUGCAUACAUAUGGUACCGGUUCCAGGUACUAUACUCAUCUAGUGGGUCUGACCAAAAAAGGUUUUCGGCACUAUACCAAAUCCUUGGCAUUCCUUGCACUGAAAAAAAUGUCGAUUUUCAAUGCAGAGGAAAUAUGAUUAUGAGACAAAUUCUUCAGACUUUAAGAUGGUGAAGAUUUAUUCUGGUUUUGGUUGUUAUGAAGCAUAUCUUAGUUCUACUUUGUCUUUAAGACGACUCACUCUUCAUAUCUCGUCAUUAAUCGUUACCUAAUCUGUAGAUUGGCAAAAGUGGAUGAACAGGUUAGAGUCAGUGAUAGCUGUAGUCGUCUUGGAUAAUCCCAUCUAACCUGUUUAAGGGGCAGAUGGAUUACAGAGCCGACCGUCUCAAAGGUAAUCUCUAAAGAUUAACGACACGUCUGUUUACGUAAAACAUCAGGGUCAAAGGACUCUGCUGAAUGUUUAUAUGAAUGUGAAAGUGUGUGAUGUGGAUUUUAACCAAUAUUUUUUGAUUCUAGUGAUUUCAGAAAUCUUGACAGGUGUGAGUUUGUUAACAUUCCCAUUCAGUCUUUUUAGUGUGACGGUGAAUUUCAGUUUGAUCGUUUUGGUGUUUUUGGACUUGCUUUCUUGUAUGUUGUCUUCUGAAAUAUUGACUUAUUUUCUCUUUUUGUUCUGUUUUGAAAUAAUUAAUGUUGAACUACAAAUUAGAUUUAAAGCUUAAAACUGGUUUCUCUCUCUUUUUUUUCUAUAACCUUGAUCCAAAAUAAAAUAAAUACAAAUAUCAAUGAAAAAGUUUUCUUU